AUGGCGUCCAAGGAGGCCAAGGACGCCAAGGAUACAAAGGAAGCCAACCUCAUCGCGAUCGAGUCCUUCAACCGGCAAGUGGAGGCGUCCAAGGCCGAGCUGCUUGCGAAGCGCAUCGAAGAGCUCCAAGCUGAGAACGAGAACCUCCGCUUCCUCCAUGCCAAGGGCGAGAAGGAGAUCCACGAGUUCGUCGCCUACUUCCAGCGCGAGCUGGGCACGCGCGAGAAGAUUGCGGCCAAGCUCACGGAAGAGCUCAACGAGACCAAGCAGCGCCACACGGACGACGUCGAAGCAUGGCACAGCAAGUACGACUCAGAGACCAAGCAGCUCAAAGAGACCAACCGAUCGCUCGAGUCGUCGCUGUCGUCCAAGCUCAAGAUUGCACAGGAAGAUCUCUCGAAGCUCGAGGUGUUCCGGGACAUGCGCGAGACGCUCGAGAAGAAGCUCAACGCGGUCACUGACGCGCUAGAGAGCGAGCGGGUGGCCCACAAGGAUGCGGUCUCGGUCCUUGAGCGCAAGUUUCUCGAAGAGAAGGCGCGCGCACAAAAGGAUACGGAGAAGCGCAUCGAAAAGAUCAAGCAGCAGUCCCGCGAAGACGCACGCAACAUCCUCGACGCCGACACGCGCAAGAUCGUCACGGACAACAAGCGCAUGGGCGACGAGCUCCGCUUCCAGCUCCAAAUGACCGACGAGCUCCAGCGCGAGAAGGACAAGCUCGUCGAGCAGACAAAGGCGCUGCAGCGAGAGCUCCAGCUGCACGAUGAGAAGGAGCAAGAGUACGCCAAGUACGGCCAGCGCCAAACGCGCGAGAUCAAGCAGCUGCAAGCCAAGGUCAAGACGCUCGAAAAGUCGCUCAGCCAAGUCGUGAGCACGUUUGAGAAGGAAAAGCACGCGCUGACCAUCAAGACUGAAAAGAGCUUGGAUGCGGACGGGCUGCGGAAAUUGCUGAAACUCAAAAACAAAGAGCUGCGAACGAUGAAGCGGCUCGCGCAGACCAUUUUGGACCAGCGCACCGACGUCGAGCAAUUCUUUCUCGACUCGCUCGAUAUUGUCAAGGAGCAGCUCGUGGACGAGCGGCGAAAAGCCAUCGAGGUCGAGAAGCGCCAAGACGCCAAGCUUACAGCCGCCGAGCGAGGGCUCAAGUUUCCGCGCCUCAAGCACGCGCCUCCGGCAACGACGAGCAACAAUGCGUCGUUUGGAUGCAAGGAAAAAGUCGACCUGCGUGCACUCACGUGGGAAGAGCGCGAGCGCGUGCUGCGCCUGCUCUUUGGCAAGAUCAACAGCAUGCAAGGCUUCUUCGAGGGGACGGCCGCUGUCGAGGACGACGCGCUCCAGACGCCGUUCAUUACCGAGGCGACGGCCUCUGUGGGUGGCCCCGUCAUGCCGCGUUUUGUGCCAGCGUUCCCGUCGCGACCACCGACAACCAAUCUCUAG